AUGGUCGGUAGCCUUGAUUGUAUGCACUGGCAGUGGAAAAAUUGUCCCACCGGAUGGGCAGGGCAGUAUACUGGCUACAAAGGGAAACCGACAAUCAUCUUAGAGGCGGUGGCCUCCUACGAUACUUGGAUUUGGCAUGCUUUCUUCGGACUUCCAGGUUCCCUGAAUGAUAUUAACGUCCUUGGAUGUUCACCGUUGUUCAAUGCCCAAUGCGUUGGUGAAACCCCUGAAGUGAGGUACCAGGUACGUAAUAGGCAUUAUCAUCAAUGUUAUUACCUAGUUGAUGGCAUAUACCCUAAGUGGGGGUCAUUUGUACAAGCAAUCCGAGACUCGAGGUCGCCGCAGACACAACAUUUCACAAGGAUGCAGGAAGCAUACAGAAAAGAUGUGGAGAAAGCAUUUGGUAUUCUCCAAGCUCGUUGGGCAAUCAUAAGAGGACCAGCUCGUGGGUGGAGUAAGGAGAACCUUCAAUACAUCAUGAUGACGUGCAUUAUCUUGCACAAUAUGAUUGUUGAAGAUAAGCGUGAUGAAGAUGCAGCACAGCCAUUUGAUCCAGAUGAUAUCCCAACCAGACCAAGGAAAGCAGAGAUAUAUAAGAGACCAGAAAUGGACACCGAUGUUCAUCGCAAUCCGCAACAACUAAAUCAAUUCUUGCGUCGUUAUAGGGAGGUUAGAUGUCCAGUGAUGAAUAAAAACCUCCAAGACGAUCUAGUCGAUCACCUAUGGACCAUGAAGUUACAAGCUGAUCAGAACCAGCAGUGA